GUCCGUUGCAAAGUCAUCAAGACUGCGACGUCAGACUCAGAUCCAACCCAAUCCAAGCCUGGUCUUUUGUUCCCUCAGCUUCUUACAACUUACUUCGAACCUCAGACCUUGACCCUUCCAGACGAAGACAAACCAUCUCCCGAUCCGAACCUGACGAGGAACAAACAAGCCAACAACAAUGUCCAACGAUCUCAACCAAGGAACCACACCUGAUCUCAAGGUCGACGAGAGUCCCAUCUCUCCCAUUGAGCGCCGCAACUCCCUCGAGAAACACCUCCAGUUGCGCCCUGACGCCCAGGACUUGAAGAACAGACACAUCCUCCUUGACACCCAUGCUGCUCCUUCCUUGCAGGCCAAGCAACACGAACUCGAACGACAGCAACAGUCGGACAACCUGAGGAAGAACCUCGAGAAGAGACCGGAACGGGAGGAAUUGGUGGAGCGAAACAUUCUUCCCGAGUCGACUGCCGCACCGGCCUUGCAGGCCAACCAACGCAGUCUCGAAAAGCAUAUGCGAGCAGACAGCUUGGAGCAGAAGAUCCAGCAGAGGCCCAAGCCAGACCAACUGGUCAAGGAGGGCAUUUUGGAAGCAGAUGAGGAUCCGCUCAGGGAGUAAAAAACACUACGCAAAAAGGAAAAACGAAUCCAAAAAAAACGCGGAAAACAAAUAGUGACAUGAGGUGUUUCCUUUGUUCCAAGAUACCGGUGUAGGUGGUGCCAUGGUAUUAUCAGCAAAGUUGGUAACAAUCAGCUAGUCAGGUAAAUGCUUCAGUAGCUCAUAACAUAGCCCAGCAUUUUGACACUUGCGACGAUCACUC